CGAAGUUGUAUUUGAAGGAAACAUUUUCCAUGGCGAUGAAUUUAAAUGAGAUCUUUAGGGGCGUGAGGGUAUAUUACCGGUGCGCAAUUACUCUUGAGCUAAUAGAUCGACUUGCACAGCGUGGGUGAUACUGAAAAUGGCACCUAUUUCGACCAGUGGCAAUGACGAAGGAUUCUGGGGCGAAGCAACAUCUACCAUCGAUUGGUGCGAGGAAAACUACGUUGUGACAUCAUACCUAGCAGAGUUCUGGAACACAAUAAGCAAUUGGGCUUUUUUAAUUCCACCUUUCUUUGGAGCAGUUUUAACAUGGGAAUAUAAAAUAGAGAGACGCUACACUUUGGCGUUUGUAUCAUUGUUAGUUGUAGGAAUAGGGUCAUUAUGUUUUCAUGCCACUCUGUUGUAUGAAAUGCAGCUACUCGAUGAGCUUCCAAUGAUUUAUGGAACUUGCGUGUUGAUAUUCUGCAUUUGUCAUUGUUCUCACCGUCCAAGGGACCACAACCAAACUCUCACUUUAUGUCUUAUUGUCUGUUGUGCCAUGAUCACUCUGGUCUACUUGACUGUGGUAAACCCUCUAAUAUUUCAGUGGGCCUAUGGUAUUCUGGUUGCUACGCUUGUUGUCAAAACUAGUAUGGCUUUUAGAAAACACAAAGGUUCAAAAAAACUUUUGAGCAUAUCCCUUGCAAGCUAUGCUAUUGGAUUUAUGUUUUGGAACAUUGACAAUAACUUCUGUCCAUCUGUAAGGGAAAUAAGAAAUGUAACGUUUGCACCUAUUAGACCUUUCACACAGCUGCAUGCAAUAUGGCACACUUUGGCUGCCAUAGGGUCUUACUAUCACGUUCUUUUUAGCAUAGAUAUCAGGUUACGAUGUCUUGGAAGAGUAACACACAUCAAGCUCUGUCAUGGAUGGCUUCCAUUUGUUUAUCCAUCAUGGGAAUCUUCAGAAAAAGAUGUUCUUCCAACUGUAACCCAUAGUGCUACAAUUUUUCUUUUGUUAUUUGGUCUGAUAAUAAAGGUGUUGAAGUGACUCAGUGUAAAUGAAAGGGAGCUUGGAGAAAAGCCCCAAGGAAGUGCUGUUUUGCUGCUAGAUUCUUCUCCCAAAUUUUCUUGUAUUAGGAGAAUCUGAAGAGUCACUUAGGGCCUUUUGCAUCAAUCAGCUGCUUCCCCCAGGGGCCUAUCCCAGGGACCCUGGGGGGAUUUGUCCAAAUGCCCAUUCAAACAUCAUGUCCCCCCUAGGUAUAGCCCAGAGGAAUUCUUACAAAUCUUCCACCCCCUGGGUGCAACAGUAAGGGCCAGUGUUUCAUUAAUGCACAACUGUUACGAAUUUUAUGGACAAGGAUAAUUUAAGUCCUAAAUCUUGUGUGAGAGGGGCGCAAAGUGUACAUCUCAAACAACAUCCAGGAAUAGUAGAUAGGGUGUACCACUGACUAGCAUAAUCCUCAGGGUCUGCUCCCUGGGGUGCAAUCUCUGAACAAAAGUGAUAUUUUCCCCCACACCCUUGGGCAAAAAAUAUCUGAUAAUCUCAACAAAUACCCCUGGGUUUCCUUGGCUGCCCUGAGGGUGGGCCCCACGGGGAAGCUGCUGAUUGAUACAUUAUUCCUCACACCCCUUCAAAUCUUUAAACUUUCAGUGAUACAAAACACAGAUGUACUCAAUUAAAACACUUAGUUUGGAUGACUUUUCUUGGUACCAAGUCUACACUGAACAUUUUAAAAUUCACAACCUCAAAUCUUCAGUGGUAUUUUGUAGGUUAGUUUCCUGUGUUUUAGCCAAACCAAAAGGCCUCCACCCAGCAUUGUAUUGCUUAAUAAAUGAGAUAGUGAUGUCACCUCAAAGUGGUCAUAUAUUUAUAAUAAAUUGCCUUAAGUUACAAGUAAAAUUUCUCACAUUUGUGGCACCUACAACUGUAUAAUUUAAAUCUUUUAAGUUAAUAUCAUACAAUUAUUGUAAUUAUGGUAAGGGCAGAAUUAGGGGUAACAUAUUUUACUAUGCUAGUAACUUUUGAUAAAUUGCAGAGUUUGUAUAAGGGGCAAAAAUUUUUACAUGAAAUUUUAAGAUAGUUUUCAAAAUUAUGGGUACUCAAGUGUCAAUUACAAAUGAGAAUAUUUAGAUCAAAAUAGUAGUCUAAGACAAACCGUUUGUUCUCUUUUCCAACAUCAUCAUUACAAUAGGGAUAAGUUUCUAUAAGAAUAAAAAUAAAAUGUAAUUCUUUCAUUACUUAUUACACUUAAAGUUGUUAUUGUCCCUAGUGUGUGCUUGAUAAAGAUUUGUUAAUACUUAGGUCAGUUUAUUUCCAGAAAGAUAAAAAGUAUCAUAUGAUAAAACCAUGAGUAUAUUUUCUUUUUCUUGUCUAUUCUCUUCAAAAUAUUAAAUUCUGUAUGUUUUGCUUUGUUUAAAUUUUCAUAGUCUUCCUUGCAAAGUACAAAGAAGGAAGACAUAACAGUUAUGUUGCAAGUGUUUUAUCAUUGAAGCUGUAUUUUGAAUUAAAGUUUGGUCCAAUUCUAUCAAUAUUUAUUGUACACAAGGGUGGCUACCAUUGUUAAAGUAAAGGAAUAAAGAACUAUGAAAAACUGUCUCAAAAA